AUGUUAUUAACAAGUCUUUUACCGUGGGUGAUUGUGUUCUCAAUUCAACGAGAUGAGGAUGGAGUAUACUCAACUUUUGAGAAGAGCAUUUCGCAAUCUAUAGAUGUCGAUUUACGUAAUUUAUGUGUAAGUAAUAACUUAAGUUUGAAGAAAGUUAAAUUACUAAAUCUUAAUGGAAAUCAUUUUGUGAAGAAUUGGCUGAUUAAAUUUUACUUUUAUGGUGACAAAAAUAAUGCUUCUUUUCCUAGAAAUGAUACUGUAAUCACUUUACGAAGUAAUGAAAUGAAAACAAAGAAACAGCUUAAUUUAAGCUUAUGCGAUAGUAAUAAUCGAUUAUUACUGUAUAAAUUGGAAAUCACACACUACGUCAAAAGCCGUUCAAAGCAAAGCAGUAAAGUAACAAAUAACUUAGAACAAUCUUGGUCAUAUGAUAUGUUUGAACAGAAGUUCACUGAUGAAAGAGGCUUGGAAAUAACUGUAAAAGUACCAAGAGGUCAUAGAACUAAUAGUUCUCAUCGUCAUCAUGGUUCUAGGGGUGAACAAAUAGAUAAUGAAUCGGCUAAAAGAGUAACAUUGAUGGAGAUGGUAAACUCUUCCACUACUACUUCUACUACAUCUUAUCCUUUAAGUGAAUCAUGCCAACAAUUUAAGAUGACACUAGAAGGUGUAAUAUUUUGGAGCUAUGAUCAGUUGGAUAAAUUAAAAACCGGUGAAAUCAAUGGAACUGGGUGUUUAUCUAAAAUACCGAUUAGGAGUGAAGUAGAACAUUAG